AUGGACAGUGGUGGACCGAGUGCCGGUUCUGACACCGGAGCGGAGGAGAUUGAUCUCUACGAGCUGCUUGGGAUCGAUAAGGAUGCGUCCCAGGAACAGAUUAAGAAGGCAUACCGAAAGGCUGCCCUCCAACAUCACCCCGACAAAGUCCCUGAGGAACGCAGAGAAGAGUCUGAAGCCAAGUUCAAGGCUGUGAGCCAGGCAUACGAAAUUCUGAAAGAUGAAGACAAGCGCCACCUCUACGACACCCACGGCAUGGCUGCCUUUGACCCCUCCCGUGGCGGCGGCGCCGGCGGCCCCGAGGUCGACCUGAACGAUAUACUGUCACAAAUGUUCGGCUUCGGCAUGGGCGGUCCUGGAGGACCUGGCGGCGCUGGCCCUAGGAGGCCUCGCCGCGGUCCCGAUGAGGACCAGCCGUACAAGGUUACUCUUGAGGAGCUUUACAAGGGCAAGACCGUCAAGUUCUCCGCCAACAAGCAGGUCGUCUGCGGCAGCUGCAAAGGAUCUGGCGCUAAGCCGAACGUCAAGCCCCAGCAGUGCGAGAAGUGCAGAGGCGCUGGUAUGGCAGAGGCUUUCCGCCAGAUCGGUCCCGGCCUCGUGCGCAAGGAGACUGUCAUCUGCGAUCGCUGCGAGGGCUCUGGCAACUUCUACAAGGAGAAGGACCGCUGCAAGAAGUGCAAGGGCAAGCGCACCACUUCCGAGACCAAGGUUCUCGAAAUCUACAUUCCCAGAGGCUCUCAAAACGGCGAGAGAAUCGUGCUGGAGGGCGAGGCGGACCAAUUUCCCGACCAGACACCCGGAGACAUUGUCUUCCACCUGCAAGAGGAACCCCACGACGACUUCACCCGCAUCGGCAACGAUCUGUCUGCGGAGCUGACCGUCACUCUGGCAGAGGCUCUCGGCGGCUUCUCCCGCACCGUGCUUACGCAUCUUGAUGGCCGUGGCAUUCACAUCGACCGACCGCGUGGCAAGAUCCUCCGCCCUGGUGACAUUUUGAAGGUUCCCGGCGAGGGUAUGCCUCUCAAGCGUGGUGACGCCAAGGGUGACCUGUACCUGAUUGUCAACGUCGAGUUCCCCGAGGAUGGUUGGUUGAAGGAUGAUAAUGAGUAUGACGCCCUGAAGAAGCUUCUGCCGCCCCCUCCUGCCGAGAUCAAGGCGGAAGAGGUUGAUGAAGUUGAGUAUGAGGAGGUUGACAGCUUGGAUUCGAUGGGUGCAAACUCUGGCGACCCCCGAUUCGGCGGUGAGUGGGAGGAUGAAGAUGAGGAGGACGGCCAGCCUCAGUGCCAGACCCACCCUAACGUCGAAAAGCACCUGCCCGAACUUUUGCCAGGAACAACCGUCAAGAUGGUCGCCGCAAAGAAGCACGUCCCUAUCGUGAAGAAGCGCACGAAGCUCUUCAACCGCCACCAGAGCGACCGCUUUAUGCGCGUUGACCGAUCAUGGCGCAAGCCUAAGGGUAUCGACAACCGUGUUCGCCGUCGCUUCCGUGGCAACACUGCCAUGCCCUCGAUCGGCUUCGGUUCCAACAAGAAGACCAAGUACAUGAUGCCCUCCGGCCACAAGGCCUUCCUCGUCAGCAACGUCAACGACGUCAACCUUCUGCUGAUGCACAACCGCACCUACGCUGCCGAGAUCGCCCACAACGUCUCCUCGAGAAAGCGUAUCGACAUCAUUGCCCGGGCGAAGCAGCUCGGCGUCAAGGUCACCAACGCCAAGGCCAAGGUCACCACCGAGGUCUAA